CAGAGGAGCAGAGAGGCUGAGACCAACACAGAAACCUCCAGCUCUCACGCCCAGUCUCCCUGCUCCCCGCUGACAUGAAGGUCUCCGCAGUGCUUCUGUGCCUGCUGCUCACAGCUGCCACCUUCAGCCCCCAGGUGCUCGCCCAGCCAGACGGGAUUAAUAUCUCAACCACCUGCUGCUAUAGAUUUACCACUAAGAAGAUCCCCAUCCGGAAGCUGAAGAGCUACAGAAGAAUCACCAGCAGCUAUUGUCCCCGGGAAGCUGUGAUCUUCAAGACCAAACUGGCCAAGAAGGUCUGUGCUGACCCCAAGCAGAAGUGGGUCCAGGAUCUCGUGGAGUACCUGGAAAAGAAAACCCAAACCCCAAAGCUGUGAACACUCAUGCCCAUAAUGAAGCCAAGCCAGUACUCAGGAAACAAUUUAUAUUCCCUAUCCUUUCCAACAUACCUCUGAGAUUAUUCUAUUACAAUUCUAGGGCAUAUGAGAUUUGUGUAAUAAUGUGAAUCAUAGUUUUCUUAAGUAACACUCUGGCGGAGGGUGUGUUAAUAAUUUAAUGUGCUCUGGAAUUGGAUGUGUUUUAAAUGUACACCCUUGGACAUAUCACAUCACUUCAACCCCCUAAAAACUGCAGGACGCUCUCUUCCUCUCUACCUCACUGUGGUAUUGUGAAAUUACUUGCAUGAAUCCAUGCAAAUACGCAUAUAUUGAAGUUUUAAGAGGGGAUGUCCCUAUGAAACCAUAAUAUUAUUAUAGAACUGAAUAUUUUUAUAUGUACAGCUCUUGAAUUUUCACAUAAAAUAUA